UAAAUACUCUUGAUUACCACCACUCUGCUUUCCCUCCCGCACCAUAUCACCUUCAUCACAUCCAUAACUACACUUAAACCCCUUUAACUCUAAACAAUCCCCUGCAUCUUCAUAAUGAAAGCUCUAGACUUCUACACAGAAGAUCAAGACCUCACCUACAAAAAACCCUCAGCCACAAGCCUGAUCCUCAAACGUGAAUCCUCUGGCUCAUGUUCAUCUGAUACUUGCAACAAUAGUAACUCCUCUGUGUUUGGAAAAACGAGGUAUAAAUUGUGGGCUUUGGUUGUUAUUCUUGUUCUUGCUUUUUGGUCCAUGUUUACUGGCUCUGUGACUCUUAACUGGUCUUCUGCUGGAGCUUUGGCUGAUGAGUAUGACUCUCCUCUGCACUCUGAUCUUGAUAUCCUUGAAGUAGAGGAGAGGGAGAAAGUGGUGAGGCAUAUGUGGGAUGUGUAUACUCAUAGCAAGACAAUUCGGUUGCCCAAAUUCUGGCAACGCGCGUUUGAAGCUGCGUAUGAGGAUUUGAGUAGUGAUGCUCCUUCUGUCCGAAAUGCUGCUGUUUCAGAGAUUGCUAAGAUGUCUUUGCUAUCUCUUGACCUUAUUCUUGAAUCUCUUGCACAAUCGACUACAGCUUCCGACACUGAUAGAACACCCGUCAAAGAAACAAGAUCAAGCAAGCUGCAGAAGUCCAGACGACGUUUGUUACAUUUUCAAGAAUAGUAUUCGUCAGUUUAUGAACAUUAUUUGUCACUGGUCUCCAUACUUGAAUGCAUUUAUCAAGAUCACUCAGUUCCUGCUCAGUAGCCGAAGAUGGUGAAUUGCAGGGUCCGUAUACGAAGUUACUGAAUUGUAUAAAACUUAAGAAUCGUUUCAAUUGAAAGUAAUAUAUUUGUUAGAUGCAAUGCAAAUUUUCUUGUCCUGUACAUUUUCCUCAUUUUUUGAACUAAUUUUUGAAAACUCAGGUUUGAGUUUUCGGCUGCUGCAGAAAAUUUGUUAUUACCAAUCAGUGACCAAUUCUUCCAAA